AUGUCUAAGUUUUCCUUUUCUUUUUUCUAUCUAUCUUCAAUAUUAUCUAUCUAUCACUAUAUAUAUCUGUCACUCUUGUUAUCCCACCAUUUACGCAUUUUUAUCUAUCUAUCUAUCUAUCUAUCUAUCUAUCUAUCUAUCUAUCUAUCUUCAAUAUUAUCUAUCACUAUUUAUAUAUAUCUCAUUUUUAUCUAUCUAUCUAUCUAUCUAUCUAUCUAUCUAUCUAUCUAUUACUAUUUAUAUAUAUCUGUCUCUCUUGUAAUCCCACCAUUUACGCAUUUUUAUCUAUCUAUCUAUCUAUCUAUCUAUCUAUCACUAUUUAUAUAUAUCUGUCUCUCUUGUAAUCCCACCAUUUACGCAUUUUUAUCUAUCUAUCUAUCUAUCUAUCUAUCUAUCUAUCUAUCACUGUUCUUAUGUAUCUGUCUCUCUUGUUAUACCAUCCUUUACGUAUUUUUAUCUAUCUAUGGCGCUACCUGCUUAUCUCUAUUCAUAUCUAUUUGUUUAGUCAUGUACUUCAAUAUUAUCUAUCAACGAGGGCCUCGUGCCGCCCCGAACAAAUGA